UGACUAACAGCUGUUCAGAAGCCUGAGCAGCAGGUUCGGUGUAAACUGACGUCAGAUUACUGAUUUUAUUUAUUUACAGUUAAACCGAUUAAAAAUAAUUUAUACUUUGUGUUUUAUUGGGUGUCAGGUGUGUUCAGGUGGCACUGUGCGCUGUAUGAGGCGGUGUUACGGUUCUCCGUGUGACCGUGCUCACUGACACCCUGCGGUGUUAGCAUUAGCCACCUAGCCUCUCUGUUGUGUUUGGUUGCUGCUAGCAGCAAGAUGGCGGCUCCCAUCCCGGCGCACAGAGCCUCUGCUCCGCAUCUCUAACAGCCGCUCUCCGCCUCCAGCUCUCCGCCUCCGGCUCUCCGCCUCCGGCUCUCCGCCUCCGGCUCUCGGCCUCCGGCUCUCGGCCUCCAGCUCUCCGCCUCCACACUCCCUCGCCCCGGUGAUGGAGUAGCCUCCAUCUGUCUCCGCUGCCUGUGUUAGCUUGUUAGCUUCUCUGCGCGGCGCGGCGGUAAAAUGGCGGAGUGUGUGCUGCUGUGUGUGGGCUAGCAGACACACGGUGGUCUGUGUGUGUGUGUGUGUGUGCGCGCGCGCGCGUGUGUGUGCGUGCGGGACCGUGCGGUUCUUCUCUCCCCGCAGACACAGCUAACAGCUACGUAGCUAGUUAGCCUCAGGAGCUAGUUAGCAGGCUAAUGCUAACCUCGGAGACGUUUUAAGCUCGUGACUGAAUUUGGACUUUUCUUUGGACCGGGACGCGUCCGCCCUGACUGCGGCAUCAUGGCUACCGAACUCGCGACCCCCGCGGUGCUACAGCCCCGCUGGAAGCGUGUCCUGGGCUGGACCGGGCCGGUGCCGCGGCCCCGACACGGGCACCGGGCCGUGAGCAUCAAGGAGCUAAUGGUGGUGUUUGGCGGCGGGAACGAGGGGAUCGUGGACGAGCUGCACGUCUACAACACAGCGACCAACCAGUGGUUUAUCCCGGCGGUCCGUGGCGAGGUCCCCCCUGGCUGCGCCGCGUACGGCUUUGUGUGUGACGGGACGAGGCUGCUGGUGUUUGGAGGGAUGGUGGAGUACGGCAAAUACAGCAGCGACCUGUACGAGCUGCAGGCAAGUCGCUGGGAGUGGAAGCGUCUAAAAGCCAAAGUGCCAAAGAAUGGCCCGCCUCCCUGCCCCCGCCUUGGACACAGCUUCUCUCUGAUUGGCAGUUCCUGCUACCUUUUUGGAGGGCUGGCCAAUGACAGUGAAGAUCCCAAGAACAACAUCCCCAGGUACCUGAACGACCUUUACUGUCUGGAGCUGCGACCCGGCUCCAGCGUGGUCGGCUGGGAGAUCCCCAUGACGACGGGUCAGCCGCCACCACCGAGAGAGAGUCACACGGCCGUGGUGACGAGUGGCCGAGGGGCCAACAGACUGAUCAUCUACGGAGGGAUGAGUGGCUGCAGGCUGGGAGACCUGUGGGUCUUACACAUAGACUCUCUGACGUGGACUAAACCAGCUCUGAGUGGAACCGCCCCCUUACCCCGCAGCCUGCACUCUGCCACCACCAUCAACAACAAGAUGUAUGUGUUUGGGGGUUGGGUUCCUCUGGUGAUGGAUGACGUCAAAGUGGCGACUCACGAGAAGGAGUGGAAGUGUACCAACACACUGGCCUGCCUCAACCUGGACACGAUGUGCUGGGAGACGGUCUUGAUGGACAGUCUGGAGGAGAACGUCCCGAGAGCUCGAGCCGGUCAUUGCAGUGUGGCCAUCAACUCCAGGCUGUACAUCUGGAGCGGCAGGGACGGCUACAGGAAGGCAUGGAACAACCAGGUGUGCUGCAAGGACCUGUGGUACCUGGAGACAGAGCGUCCCUGCGCUCCCUCACGGGUUCAGUUGGUCCGGGCCAACACGUCAUCUCUGGAGGUAAGCUGGGGACCGUCACAGACCGCCGACACCUACCUGCUGCAGUUACAGAAGUACGACAUUCCUGCCACACCUGCAGCCGCCUCACCUGCCCCUAAACCUGCCCCCAUCCCUACACCUGGAGCCAGCUCCCCUAAGAGCCCUAUCGCUAUGACACCAGCUAACCAAACUGUUCCACUGUCCGGCAUCACGCUUGUCCCCUUCCCCACCUCCGUACCUGGAAGCCCGCUGGCUGCUGCAGCCAAAACACCAGCUGUCCUGAAGGUGGCAGCAGCUCCAGGUGCAGCAGGUGGAGCCUCCAUCAUUACAGUGAGACAGGCCACGGCCAAAGCCCCGGGUGCCAUGGCGACACUUCCUGCAGGUGUUCGUAUGGUUGUACCUGCUCAGGCUGGUCAGGGGACGCCAAUAGGAAGCAGUCCACAGAUGAGCGGCAUGGCAGCACUGGCGGCGGCGGCAGCAGCGACUCAGAAAAUCCCUCAGUCAGCAACAGUGCUGAAUGUCCCUGCAGGACCAACAGUCGUGAAGACGGUCGCUGUGAGUCCAGGAUCCAGCAGUGUGCCGGUCAAAGUGGCUGCUCCAGUUACAAUGGUGAGUAACCCGGCCACUCGCAUCCUGAAGACUGCUGCUGCUCAGGUGGGCGGGGCAUCUGUAGUCUCCACCCCUGGGACACCCAGCCGACCAAUCAUAACAGUCCAUAAGUCCGGCACGGUGACGGUCUCCCAGCAGGCUCAGGUGGUCACCACGGUGGUGGGCGGAGUCACAAAGACCAUCACUCUGGUUAACAGUCCACUCAGUGUGGGAGGAGGCGGAGCUCUGAUCGGUAACCUUGGUAACCUGGGGAAGGUGGUGUCAGUGGUCCAGUCCAAACCAGGUCAGAGUGGAUCCAUCACUGCUGGUCAGGCUGGGAGCAGCCCAGUUGCCCAGAUCCUUCAGAAGGGCGCCCUCCCCACAGGAACCAUCUUAAAGUUGGUGACCUCAGCAGAUGGUAAGCAGACAACCCUCCUCAGCACGGCACAGGCCGGAUCCACAUCGACCAAACCCACCAUACUGGGCGUCGCCCCGACAAUUUCUAAACCCGGAACCACCAUCAUCAAGACCAUCCCGAUGUCGGCGCUGCAGGGUGGAGCAGGUGCCAACAGUCCAAUCACAAUCCUGACCACCAAGAUGGUCACACCAGGAAGUGCUGGUAAAAUCAUCACCACUGUCCCCAAAAUCGGUAGCCAGGUGGUGUUGAAAGGAGCUCCGGGGAUGCCGGGUACGAUCCUCAGGACGGUCCCCAUGAGCGGAGUCAGGCUGGUGUCACCUGGAGCGGUUGGCACCAAACCCGCCGUCACUACGCUGGUCGUCAAAGCGACCACAGGUGUGUCCAGUCUGGGGACAGGAAGUGUCUCCACCACAGUAGCAGAAGGAGCUGUCACUGCCACCAAUGCCUCCCUGACAACACCCAUCACCACCCUAGCAACCAUCGCCACGUUAGCCAGCCAUGUUACCACGGCAACCGCCGCCAUAGCAGGACCCAAACAGGUGACCCUCAUCAUGACUCCGAGUGGUGCCGAGGCUCAACCUCUGGUCCAGGACCUGCCCGUCUCCAUCAUGGCGUCUCCAACCUCAGAAGAACCUGGAAGUACUACAAGUACUACGACUACUACAGCUGCAGGGGGAGAGGCUGGAGACACUGCAGUGACCAUGGUCUGCUCCAACCCGCCCUGUGAGACACACGACACCGGAACCACCAACACCGCCACCGUGGCCUCCGCCAACAUGAGCCGGGCACUGCAGGUGAACCCGCCUCCAGCUCAGCAGUCUGCACCUGUCAGUCUGAACGAAGGGAUCACCAACCCACUGUGUGAGACCCACGAGACUGGAACCACCAGCACGGCCACCACAGCUGGAGCCGGAGGACUCCAACAGGUGUGUUCAAACCCUCCGUGUGAGACCCACGAAACCGGAACCACCAACACCGCCACCACAGCUCAGCCGGGUGGAGACAGUCGACAGGGAGACUCCUCUGACCCCGCCUCCUCCACCACUGCCAAUCAGAGUAGAGCUGUUACCAUGGUUACACAGGCCACACCCACCCCCGGUCCCUCCAUACCUGAGAUCUCCUCAUUGGUCGGAGAGAGUAGGGCGGAGCCAGAGGCCGAGGCUGUUGCCAUGGUGACAACGGCAGCAGCAGAUGGGGCAAUGCAGACAGAGAGCCAAUCAGGACAUGUGAUGUCAUCAGCCGUGUUACAGGUUCAUGCGGAGGGAUCACAGAUGCCGUCCUCAGAUGGCGGUCUUCCUCAGGAGCUGAUGUCCUCAGAAGGGGACAGAGGCGAGGCGGUUUCUGGGGGAACGACCCUGAUGGUGAUGGGGCUGACCUCGGAUCACCUGGCUGUUACCACGGAAACGGAGGAAGCGGUCCGGCAGGCGACGAUCCAGGCGGUGCUACGGGCGGCCGGACAGAUUGACGGCUCGGUGGAUCAGUCCGUCCCGAUCGUUCUGACCCAGCAGGACCUUGCAGCUCUGGUUCAGCAGCAGCAGCAACUGCAGGACGUCCAGAUCCAACCAGAGCCAGCAGAACCAGGACCACAGCACAGCGUUCCCACAGAGGGCCUUGCUCCAGCAGACAGCCUGAACGACCCGGCGGCAGAGAGUAACGGACACGAGCUGACAUCAUCAGCAGUCACCAGCGCCGUGGCCCGAUUGGCCAGCACGUUUGGCCCCGCCCCUCCUCUGACAGCCAGCCUGGCAAAGAUUCAAACACCCGCUGUGCUCACCGAGGUGACCAAUGGCAUCGCAGCAACCACAGGGAAGCAGGGCGCCCAGGUGAGGUCAUCAGUGAAGGACAGUCAGUGGUUCGAUGUCGGCAUCGUCAAGGUGACCAACAUGGUCGUCACACAUUACUACGUCCCCUACGACGACAACAUGGCUGACGACGACUCAGGUGCAGUGCCGGACUACAGUCAGAUGAGGAAGGUGGAGCUUCAGCCGGGGACGGCCUAUAAGUUCCGUGUGGCGGGGAUCAACAUCUGCGGCCGCGGUGCCUUCUCGGAGGUGUCGGCGUUUAAAACAUGUCUUCCUGGUUUUCCGGGAGCGCCGUGCGCCAUCAAGAUCAGCAAGAACCUGGACGGCGCCCAGCUGACCUGGGAGCCUCCUGCCGUCACAUCGGGGAAGAUCACCGAGUACUCGGUGUAUCUGGCCAUCCAGUCUAGCCAGGCCUCCUCCUCCGGGUCAGGUUCUGCUCCGGCCCAGCUGGCCUUCAUGAGGGUGUACUGUGGUCCCAUCCCGUCCUGUCUGGUCCAGUCGUCCAGCCUCAGCAACGCCCACAUCGACUACACCACCAAGCCUGCCAUCAUCUUCCGUAUCGCUGCUCGUAACCAGAAAGGCUAUGGGCCUGCCACACAGGUCCGGUGGCUGCAAGAAAGCAGUAAAGAUCCAAACCGGCAGUGAAGAGACCUCGGAGCGUCCUGACG